UUACCCAAGUAGUAGCUAGCUCGUUACACGCGUGCUAAUGCUCUAUAAUAUCUAAUAUCUAGACACUUAUAUUUAUAUAUAUAUUUGCGUUAACUAAGCUAGCAAGCGGCUACUUAGCGUUAGUGUGUGCUGCCUCCACAGUGUUUGGAGAUUUUACCUUUAAACAUGUCCGGCCCAGAGGAUGUUCUGCAGCAGGUCUCCCAGCUGUGGUCCAUGAUGGACGAGCUUUCCCUGAGUGACCCCGCAGCUUACCGCAGGUUCAUCCACACUCAGCUGGAGGAGGGAGCCGGGUUCACUUCACCGCCGGAGCUCGACUCGUGCCUGUGCGCUGAAGUACUGGAGCCGAACAAAGGGUUGUUGUAUCUCAACAUAUGCAGCUGGAAACGAGUGCCAGUGCGUCAGGAUCCCAGCAAGCCGUUACCUAUAUGUGCUGGAAAACUGGAAACAGACACAAGUGAAAGUCCAGGCUUGUACACUGUAUUGGAUGUGGCUUUAAACCCUGCAGUGCUAGAAAACAAUAAGAAAGACAAAACAGCAUUGUAUACACUCUCCCUGAGUUUUGCCCAGCAGCAGCAUGGGUUGAGGUUAUCUCAGCAGUACACUGUCAUCACAUGUAGCCCAAAGAGUAGUCCAGAGGACCUGCACCGCCGCCUUGGGUUUCAGCAGUGGCCCAACAGCAGACAACCUGACACAGCCAGUCAAACCCCAGCCGCCCUUCUGCAGCAGAUCGCCUCUCUACGUUCAGGGCAACAAGAUGACGAGCCGGCUGCCCGAAUUAUCUGUACACCCGCAGAGAACAAAAAGAAGGAUCUUAUCCAGGUCAUCUCCAGCACUUUUGAGCAGACUCAGAAGCCAAUGCACCAACUUCAGGUGAAAACUGAUACAGCAGGAGUGCCUCACAGCGUGGAGCUGACAGUAGAGCUGCCAAAAGUUCACUCCGUGUCAGAGUGCCAGCUGAGAAUUUCCAAGGAUGACGUCCUAUUGGAAGUGGAGGAUGUUUGCUAUCUGCUUCUGGACUUUCCAAUAACUGUGAAUGAAGACACUGCAUCUGCAGUCUUUAACAAGAAGAAACGACAGCUUGCAUUGAAGGUGGAUGUUCUGUGACCGUUUGUUUUGAUUGAGAGAGAAGCGUAGAACAAGCGCUCAGUCGUGCUUGGAAUCGGCUGAGGAAACUGACACUGAACUGACCUCAAAAUAAAUUGCCAAAAAGAAAUGAAAUUUCUUCUCUGCAAAUCGAAAUCCUUGGCAACAUGUUUACGUUUGACAAACAAGCGCUAAAAAACAAACAACAGCUGCUCUGUAAACUGGUUCUCACGUAAAAUCUUAAAUACUUUUCUGUUAAAAA